AUGGGAUCCGCUACCACUCUCUACUAUGUACUACUAUUUAUAGUCAUUGUUCUUCAACGCUUCCCAAAAGACAACAUUUCAACCAGCCGACCAUUGAAAUCUGUUUGUGAUCAUGAUAGUCACGUACUGUGUCCUGAAUGUUUCCCAUCCCCGCCUAAAUGUGAUGAAUUCGAACAACUAUUUAUGCUCCACGAAGGCAGCCUUUUCAAUCAAAUCAACGCUGUUCUCAACGCACACACGACUAGAAUAGGUGCGUUUCGAGGAUCGGAAUAUCUGGCUGUACUCAAACACCUGAAUCGUGAUAAAACAAUGAAAAAGCUACUAGAACAAUUUUGUGAUUCUUACCCGCAACCAAGAAAAGGUAAAUGUACAUGGACACGACAUGGUAGCACAGAGGAAGCGACACAUUUCAUCCAACAGUCGAUACUCGACGCCACAAGGAUCGAGGGAUGUAUUUUUUGCGCAACCAGUAGCAGUGGCCAAACAUUGCAACGUUUUUUAGCCUUAUUUAAGCCAACCGAUAGUGCAUUGUGGAAUCUACUAGCUGUCCGUACCAAUGUGGAGCCACUCCUGCUCAAACUGUUCGCCACGCAUGGUACGUCCUUAUACGUUCCCAAACUAUUAGCCACGGUCGGAUUUUCCAUCGUAGAAAGCUACGAAGGACAAACGCUUGAGCACUACUAUGAGCAUCCGCUAGCGAUCCGCAUGAUGAUUGCUUCUAAACUGAUAAAAGCGGCAUUCGCCUUUACCGAAGGCAUACACGGAUUUCGCUUCUACCUCACUGAUAUCAAUCCGGACAACGUGGUAGUUAAGGUGGAAAACGACAGCAGGAACGUUCUUGUAUCCAUCGUUGAUCUGGAUAAUGUCAUCAUUUUGGACAGUCUGGCUAAUACAUUUUCUACCGAUGAUGGUGAAAACCACGUGCAUGGGAAAAUCGAAUGUAACGGCUGUUUUGCCUAUGUUCAGGAAGAUGUAUGCCGCUAUCGAAACAGCGAUUUGAAUCUCUUUGCAACGUGUCAGCUACUUUUGGAAAAUCUUAAUGGAAACUACGCUGCGGGACUACUUCAUAACGAUCAUAGCAAAGAUUUAGAUCCUUCAAUGGCUCAUCCUAACGAUGCACCGCUAAUUCUGCACAACCUGCUCGAAGAGUGUGUCCAUUGUCAGCCACCAAAUUGUCGCAACAGAUCGCUCAUAUUGCACGAUAUGCUAGCAAUCAUAGAUCAGACGAUAGCGCAAUCAUAAAAUGCUAU